GCCCGAGAGACCCACGAAGCCCGCGGACUUAGAAAGGACCUAAGCCUAGGCAGGAUCCGCCUCCUAGUCGGGACGCGUCCGGUCACUUGGCGUCUGAACCUAGCGUGGCAGCCGGUCUCUGAGCAGUCUUCUUGAGAUUUCACAAUGGCUUCCAUCUUGACUUACACUUUUAAAAGUCUUCCCAGUACGUCAAAAUGGGCCCACAGAUUUUCUCUAAGACCUCUGAGCUGUUCAUCCCAGCUGCAAGCUGCCCCAGCUGCCCAGACCAAAUCGAAGAAAACGUUAGCGAAACCCAAUAUAAGGAAUAUUGUGGUGGUGGAUGGCGUUCGCAUUCCAUUUUUACUAUCAGGCACUUCAUACAAAGAACUGAUGCCACAUGAUUUGUCUCGGGCAGCACUUUCGGGUUUGUUGCAUCGGACAAGUGUCCCCAGGGAAGUAGUUGAUUAUAUCAUCUUUGGAACAGUUAUACAGGAAGUGAAAACAAGCAAUGUGGCCAGAGAGGCUGCUCUUGGAGCUGGCUUCUCUGAUAAGACCCCUGCUCACACUGUCACCAUGGCUUGCAUCUCUUCUAACCAGGCCAUGACCACAGGUGUCGGCUUGAUUGCUUCUGGCCAGUCUGAUGUGGUUGUGGCAGGUGGUGUAGAGCUAAUGUCUGACAUCCCUAUUCGUCAUUCAAGGAAAAUGCGGAAAAUGAUGCUUGAUCUCAAUAAAGCCAAGACUCUGGGUCAACGACUGUCUUUACUUUCUAAAUUCAGAUUGAAUUUCCUGUCACCGGAGCUCCCUGCUGUGGCCGAGUUCUCCACCAGUGAGACCAUGGGCCACUCUGCAGACCGUCUGGCUGCCGCCUUUGCUGUUUCACGGCAGGAACAGGAUGAGUAUGCACUGCGCUCGCACAGCCUGGCCAAGAAGGCACAGGAUGAAGGACUCCUUUCCGAUGUUGUGCCCUUCAAAGUACCAGGAAAAGACACAGUUACCAAGGAUAAUGGCAUUCGUCCUUCCUCCCUAGAGCAGAUGGCCAAACUUAAGCCUGCAUUCAUCAAGCCAUAUGGUACAGUGACAGCUGCAAACUCUUCUUUCCUGACUGAUGGUGCAUCUGCAGUGCUGAUAAUGGCAGAGGAAAAGGCGCUGGCCCUAGGUUAUAAGCCAAAGGCGUAUUUGAGGGAUUUUGUAUAUGUGUCUCAAGAUCCAAAAGAUCAGCUUUUACUUGGACCAACAUAUGCUACUCCAAAAGUUCUGGAAAAGGCAGGAUUAACAAUGAAUGACAUUGAUGCUUUUGAAUUUCAUGAAGCCUUCUCAGGUCAGAUUUUGGCUAAUUUGAAAGCCAUGGAUUCUGAUUGGUUUGCACAAAACUACAUGGGUAGAAAAACCAAGGUUGGAUUGCCUCUUUUGGAGAAGUUUAACAACUGGGGUGGAUCACUGUCCUUGGGCCACCCAUUUGGAGCCACUGGCUGUCGGCUGGUCAUGGCAGCUGCCAACAGGUUACGGAAGGAAGGAGGCCAAUAUGGCUUAGUGGCUGCCUGUGCAGACUCACCUAAAUCAGUUCUCAGUAUUGGCAUCAGCCAGUGA